CUUGGGCAACCCAAGCCUGAUCCAUGCACAAAGCAUCCUUGCCAUCUGGGCCACUCAAGUUAUCUUGAUGGGUGCUGUUGAGGGUUACCGUAUUGCUGGUGGGCCUCUCGGUGAAGUGACUGACCCAAUCUACCCAGGUGGCAGCUUUGACCCAUUGGGCCUUGCUGAUGACCCAGAGGCUUUUGCUGAGUUGAAGGUGAAAGAGCUCAAGAAUGGUAGGUUGGCCAUGUUCUCCAUGUUUGGUUUCUUUGUUCAGGCCAUUGUGACAGGAAAGGGACCUUUGGAAAAUCUUGCUGAUCACCUAGCUGACCCAGUAAACAAUAAUGCCUGGGCCUAUGCUACAAACUUUGUCCCCGGAAAGUGAGCAUAGCAAUAGUGAAACAAAGAGAAACACAGUGACUUGAAAAUUAGAGUGAGAGUUUCAUUGUUAUUUGGAGAAAUACAUAUUGAAUGUUUUCUUUUAAGAAGAAUAUGAAUUAUAUAUCUUAUUGUGCAUUGAGAUCUUUA